GAUGGGUCGAAGGACAUUGAGAUCAAACAAGAAAAUUAUUGAGAAAAAAGAAAAGAGGAAAGGGGGAUUAAAGCCAAAAAAAGGGACUAAAGUUAAGAAGCAGUCUGUUAAGUAUUUAUCACACUUUCUUCGCAUCUACAAAGGAUUGAAUGACUGGCAUCUACCUAUCUUUACUGAAGUUAAAGAAUUUUGUGGCGAUAUUAAUACUGUGCUAUAUCCUGGCUGUGAUAAACAUCUUUCCGCCUCACUGGUAUUCUCCAAUGUGACUUAUUUGGAUUUUAACCCGAAGAUGGAACCUUUCUUCAGUGAUUCAGCUAUACACUCGUGGAUAGAAGAUAACAGAAAAUACACUGAUUCUCCCACUAUAAAUUUUCAAAAUAUUGAUUACAUGAAAUUUUUUGCACAAAACACCAGUAAUUUCGAUCUGGUAAUCUCAGCUUCUGCUGGAUUGAUCAGCAAUUCUCCAUGUCUCGAAUUUUUACGUCCCAGUGGUCAUUUUCUGGUCAGUGAUGCACAUUUUGAUGCUCGUAAUGUCUUUACUAAAGCCAAUUUUAAUUUAAUUGGUGUUUACAAUCCAAAUAUCAAGAAACUUGAAAUUGAUAAAGUGAGUUUGGAAGGUCAUUUUAUUACAACAGAAAAUAAAAAAAUAACGAAGGAGCAAGUUAGCGAAAGUAUUUCGAAGCCAAAGAAUAAACGAUCUUUUAAACUAAAAAAGGAAGCACAAUUCAUGUUUUAUUUGUUCAAAAAAAUUAAAUGA